AUGCCUUGUUAUGUGGUCACCGGUGCAGAUCGUGGCAUAGGGUACGAGUUUGUGCGUAAACUCUCAGAGGACCCGGCCAAUGUCAUUGUCUCUUUGGUGCUUGCGAAGGAAGCGACAGAAGCGAGACUUACGGAGCAUAAUAUCAAAAACGUCCAUGUCAUCGAAGCCGACGUUACUGAUCGGAGCGCUCUCCUAAAAGCAGCCGAAGAAACUGAAAAGAUCACCAGCGGAAAAGGCGUGGACGUUUUCAUAAACAACGCUGGUUUGGUAGCAAAGCCCACGGCCUUUCGAACUCUGGAAGACUACUAUGACAUGGUCGACGUGUUUGACAAGGACUUGUACGAAUGCUUCAGCAUCAACGCGGUUGGGACAAUCAACGCAACUGCGGCAUUCAUUCCCCUGAUACGAAAAGGGACUGUCAAGAAGGUGAUUGCACUGACAAGCGGCAUGGGCGAUGUCGACUUCACCAACGAACUCGACAUGGACAUGGCUGUGCCUUACUCAAUAAGUAAAGCUGCCAUGAACAUGGUGAUGGCCAAGUUCAGCGCCUCGUACAAGAACGAAGGCAUUCUGUUCAUGGCGGUGAGUCCCGGUGCUGUUGACUCGGAAGACGACGGUCGCGGAUCCAACGCACCAGUCCAGGACAUCGAGGGGGACUUGUCACAAAGUCUUUACCCCGUGCGGCCGUGGCAUAAACUUGCGAGCGUUCCAGAGCUGCAGAAGCGCAUGGAGCAGGGCUUGAAGUUUAACAGGUACGAGCCGUCUUAUACGAAGCCGUUGAAUACGCAAGAAUCUGUGGAUUUCCUCCUGAAGGUUUUGAGUGAGAAGAGCAUUGAGAAUGGAGACGCCGGAGCAUGUCUUUCACAUCUGGGCACGAGGAGAUGGCUUUAG